AUGUCUGAUCUAGGUUUUGAUCCAUCAUUAAAGAAGAAGAAAAAAGUCAAAAAGCCAGUCGAUGGCGUUUCCCCAGCACCAGAGAGCAAUGAGUCAACACCAGCUCCUGAUUCAGUGGACGACCUAUUCUCCGGUAUGAAGAAGAAAAAGAAAUCAUCUAAAAAGACAGAUAGCUCAGUAGAGGAUUCCAAAUCACCAAGUGCUGAGGCAGAUGUUGCAGCCUCAUUGGGUGACUUGACUUUGAAAAAGAAGAAAAAAAAGAGUACCAAGAACUUGGACUUGAAUGAGUUUGAACAACAAUUGGAAAAAGCAGGAAUUGAAGAUACGACCAAUGAUCAGAUAGACGAUUCAAUUGCGGGAACCAAGUUGGCUCAAACCGAAGCUGGCUUAUCGUAUGAAGAAUUAUUGUCACGGUUUUUUGAGAUUUUGAAAGAAAACAAUCCUGAACUUGCAGGUGACAGAUCCGGUCCAAAGUUUAGAAUUCCCCCACCAGUAUGUCAAAGAGAAGGUUCCAAGAAAACCAUGUUUGCCAAUGUACAAGAAAUUGCCACUGUUUUACAAAGAAACCCUGAGCAUUUAAUACAAUUCUUGUUUGCUGAAUUGGGUACCUCUGGUUCUAUUGAUGGUGAAAAGAGAUUGAUAUUGAAAGGUAAAUUCCAACCCAAACAAAUGGAGAGUGUGUUGAGAAGAUACAUUAUUGAAUAUGUUACAUGCAAAACAUGCAAGAGUAUGAACACUGAGUUGAAGAGGGAGAGUGCCAACAGAUUGCAUUUCUUGAGCUGUAAAGCAUGUGGUUCAACCAGAUCAGUAUCGUCAAUCAAGACCGGUUUCCAAGCGCAAAUUGGAAGGAGAAAGAAGUUCUAA